AUGGUUUUAGUAUUGAACUCAUUCAUUAAAUCGCCAUUCUACAACCCUACCCAAACUGAAUUUCAACAAAAUUUUAAUGAGGUACAACGUUCUAUCAAUCGUGCCAAUUAUAUCAACCGAGAAUUUGCGCCUACUAAAAGCAAACUUGAGUUACCUUUGACCUAUGAUAUUGCUGGUGAAUUUCUCAUGAUGUAUUCGGUUGGUACCCCACCAUUUAAGGUCUAUGGUAUAUUAGAUAUUGGUAGUGACUUAACUUGGCUUCAAUGUAAGCCUUGUAAUAUAUGUUACAACCAAGCCUCUCCUAUUUUUGAUCCUUCAAAAUCUUUGAGUUACCGAAAUAUGCCAUGCUCUUCUAGAACAUGCAAAUUUAUGGAAAUUACUUCGUGCUCUUAUGAUGGAGAUGCUUGUAAGUAUACCCUUGAAUAUGAUCCUGGAUCUAAGACACAAGGAGAUGUUAGUAUGGAUACUCUUACAUUACAUUCCACCACGGGUUAUAUUGUCUCGUUCCCUAAAACUGUGAUAGGAUGUGGGCACACUAAUACUUGGUCAUAUUCCUAUAAGGGUAAAAGUUCAGGUGUUAUUGGAUUUGGAAAGGGGGAUAUGUCAAUUAUAAAGCAAUUAGGAUCUUCAAUUGAUGGUAAAUUUUCUUAUUGUCUUAUUGUCAAUGAUUAUUAUAGACAAUCUAAUUUAAGUAGCAAACUCAAUUUUGGAGAUGCUGCCAUUGUGUCGGGUGAUAAAGUUGUUUCAACUCCUAUGUUUAAACGUGAAGGAACAAACGCUUCUACACAUAACAUCAUGAUUGACUCAGGUUCAUCUGUAACUAUUCUUCCACGUCAUUUUUUUAAUAGGCUAGAAUCUGCUGUUAAAAAAGUGGUAAAAUUAGAGCGCUUUCAAGAUCAAGGUGGUUCAUACAGCCUUUGUUAUAAUACCACAUCUAAACAACAACCAAAAUUUCCUGUAAUUACUGCACAUUUUAGUGGCGCGGAUGUUAAGUUAGAUUCUAAUGGUGCCUUUGCUUCUAUCCUAAAGGACGGUAAAUGUUUUGCUUUUCGUCCAAAUAAUUAUGGAUUGGGUCUUUUUGGAAUGAAGGCACAAAUGAACCAUUUGAUUGGUUAUGAUCUCAAAAGAAAAAUUGUCUCAUUCAAACCUACUGAUUAUUGUGAUCCAUUUACUCUUGAAGAAGCAACAGAUGAUGAAAAUUGGAGAAAAACCAUGAAUGAAGAAAUCAAUGCAAUAAAGAAGAAUAAAACAUUGGAGCUGACAGAGUUACCAGCAGACAAGAAAGCUAUAGGAGUGAAGUGGGUGUACAAGUCAAAGUACAAACCCACUGGUGAGAUUGAUCACUAUAAAGCAAGGUUGGAUACAAUUAGAAUGCUUAUUUUGAUAUCAGCUCAAAAUAGUUGGAAAAUACAUCAAAUUAAUGUUAAGUCUCAAUUUCUUAAUGGUAAUAUGGAAGAAGAAGUGUAUGUUAAGCAGCCUGCGUGA